CAAAUGGGCCGGACCCUCACUUCCCUCUUCCUCUCCCCCGUAGCCGUCCGGUCGCGCCGCCGCCGCCCUCACGCCCAUCGCCGCCGCCGUUCCGUUCGCCCCCUCCGACGAGCCGCCUCCCCUUUAUCCUCGCUCCCUGGGAGGAAGCCGCUGCCUCAGGCUGCCACCGAAGCAGAUACCAACACCCCAAUUGGCUUAGCAACUUGGUGCUAUUUAGCGAUCCGCACAACUGGUGGUCGCCACCGAUGGCGCCGCCCGCUCUGCUCCGCGCCACCGCAGCCGAGCUCCGUCGCCGCGGCCGCAGGUCCCCUCUACCCCUCCCGGCGCUCUCAUCGCUCCUCUCGUCGCCUUCUCCCCAGAGCCCAGCCUCCAGCUGCCCCGAUCCUAGCCCUCUCGCCUACCGCCGCCACCUCAUCACUCUCCGCCGGUGCCCGCGCCCAGCAUCAGCAUCCGCCUUCGCCACCGAGUUUCCUUACAGCAGGAUUCUGCUCCCAAGCCACUUCUCGCCCGCGUCACCCCUCUCGACCUCAUCAUCCUCUUCCGAACCCGCGGACAAGGCCUCGCCGCCGCCGGCACCUCUAACGUGGGUGGACAAGUGGAUCCCGGAGGCGGCGCGGCCGUACGCUAUGCUCGCACGCCUCGACAAGCCCAUUGGGACCUGGCUCCUGGCAUGGCCCUGCAUGUGGUCGAUCACAAUAGCCGCGAUGCCAGGGCAGUUGCCUGACUUGAAAAUGCUGGCACUCUUCGGAUGUGGAGCUGUCCUCCUCAGGGGGGCUGGUUGCACAGUGAAUGAUCUUCUUGACCGCGACAUUGAUAACAAGGUUGAGCGCACCAAAAGCAGGCCUUUUGCAUCAGGUGCUCUCACUCCUUCACAGGGAGUUGGCUUCCUCGGGUUUCAGCUUCUUUUGGGACUGGGCAUUCUUCUCCAGUUGAAUAACUACAGCCGUAUUCUCGGGGCAUCUUCACUUCUUCUGGUCUUCUCAUAUCCCCUGAUGAAGAGAUUCACAUUUUGGCCUCAGGCUUAUCUUGGCCUGACAUUCAACUGGGGAGCUUUAUUAGGAUGGGCUGCUAUUAAGGAAAGCUUAGACCCUGCAGUCGUCCUUCCAUUGUAUACAGCUGGUAUAUGUUGGACACUGGUAUAUGAUACCAUAUAUGCACAUCAGGACAAAGAAGAUGACCUCAAAGUAGGAGUUAAGUCCACAGCAUUAAGAUUUGGAGAUUUGACCAAGUACUGGAUUAGUGGCUUCGGUGCCGCUUGCAUAUGCAGCUUAGCACUCAGUGGCUACAAUGCUGACCUUGGAUGGCCCUACUAUCCUUUUCUGAGUGCUGCAGCGGUACAGUUAGCAUGGCAGAUUUCAACUGUGGAACUUUCUAACCGCUCUGAUUGCAACAGGAAGUUUGUGUCCAACAAGUGGUUUGGAGCUUUGGUGUUUAGUGGAAUAUUAUUUGGGCGUCUUGUAUCAUGAUGGAUUGAUCAGGCGUGCUGCAUUCCAUAAACUGAUGGGUUCAACAGAAACCUAAACAGUUUUGAGCCCUUCACUUUGUGGCCUAGCAAUUGCAGCGUGGUGCAGAAUGGACUUUCAGGCUAUUUUCCGAGCAUUUCAUGGUGGUGCUCUCCACCUCCUGUAUACAGUUAUCAGACUAGGGGUAGGAAAAUACAUUGAUGUACAGUACAUUUUUUGUAUCAUUGUGUACCGUUUUAUAUUAAAGGAUCAGUUAGAGCAUCCUCCUUUUGUCACCUCUAGAUAGAAACAGCUGUGCAAAACAAUUUUUGUAUGAAUCCAGACACACAAUCAGUUGAUUACACAUUCAUAUUUUGGAGAGAUGGGUUGUUUAUCAGGUAUUAUCA